GCUGCUCCGGUCCACAGCUGUUAGCAAUAAACGCCGCAAUUCCUCCUCUCCUCUCCUCUGGGGGAGAGCGGGUGCGUCAUGCACAAGGACCAAGGGAAAACAGGAGGGGUCAAAGGCUAUUUGACAAAGCGCCGUCUUUAUGUCGUGGGUUGCAUCACACUGCUGUGCUUCAGCUUUGGCUUUGUUUGGAAUACGUACAAUGAUACCUGGGAGUUCACAUCAAGCAAGGUCUCCUACAUAAUGAGCAAUAAUACCCAAGACUUGGAUGACUUUCACAAAGUAAAUCUACUAAGCAACCAUACCUGCUUCCUGGAAGAUUUACUACAAGUUAAAUUACCAAGGAUGAUUUACACAAAGCCACAGAUUCUAAAGCCAUCGAGAAGUGACGUCCUUACGAUGACUCCAUGGUUUGCUCCAAUAGUUUGGGAAGGGACCUAUAACUCCGAGAUCCUGAAUGAGCAGUUCCGACGAAGGAAUGUCACUGUUGGCCUGACAGUGUUUGCUAUCAAAAAGUAUGUAGUCUUCCUAAAGAAGUUUUUAGAAACUGCAGAAAUGUAUUUUAUGGUUGGACAUAGGGUGAACUAUUACAUUUUCACAGACAGACCAGAAGAAGUUCCUGAAGUUGUGCUCAAAGAAGGAAGGAAUGUAGUGGUUCUGCAAGUCCAAAACUACCCUAGGUGGCAAGAAAUCUCUAUGCGACGAAUGGAAUUGAUCAGCAACUUCUCUCAGCGGUUCAUUAAUGAGGUCAGCUACCUAGUGUGUGUGGAUGUAGACAUGAGGUUUAAUGACCAAGUUGGAGUGGAGAUCCUGAGCAACUUGUUUGGCACACUACACCCAGGUUUCUACGCUGCAGAGCGUCAGUCUUUCACCUACGAACGUCGACCUGCUUCUCAAGCUUAUGUGCCCAGCGAUGAGGGUGACUUCUACUAUGCUGGAGGCUUUUUUGGAGGAACAGUAAUGGAGGUUUACAAGUUGACCAAGAAAUGCCAUGAAGCCAUUAUGAUGGACAAAGCCAAUGGAAUUGAGGCAAUCUGGCAAGAAGAGAGUCACUUAAACAAGUAUUUUGUGUACUACAAACCAACCAAAAUACUUUCUCCAGAAUACCUGUGGGAUGACGAUAUGGGUAGGCCAGAGAUCCUUAAGAAAAGAAGGUUUCUUGCUGUACGAAAGAACCAUGCUGCAAUCCGAAAUAAAUGAAGUUCAUCUCAGACUGGCCUUAGUGCGAACUAACAUAACUGAUCUUGUAGGUUUCCUUGGUUGAUGAAAAUAUACAGACAAUUGGUAAAGCUCCAUAACUUUUUCUGACAUCCCCAGUAUUUCUGGAUAUGGGGAUGAUUUGCAAGAUGUUACUGUGAUGUUACAUUCCAUAUGUUUUAUGGAAAUAUGCUAGAGUGUGAAUAUAAUGUAACUGGAAUAUGCUGCAUGCAGAAGGUCUCUUGUAAGGUAUGAUUACAAAGCUUAUAAUCUACUGAGUGUGUUCAUCCUAUUUGUAUGAAUGCAUCAUUCUUGUAUCUGAAGCUAGAAAUAUGAAGUAUUCCUCUGAAGUCCUAUUGUAACUAUGCAAAGUGUGGGUCAUUAAUGGUGGCCUACAAUCUUGAUGGCUCCCAUUAACUAGGACAAUUGGUUGUAAAUGGCUCUGUUUACUCACACACCUUCCUGGGCAUGUGCAGGCCAACCCUGAAAGAAUGAAGAAUGAGGUCUUGCAGUGACAUGUGAUCAUGUCACCUGGUACUUGAAUCCAUGUUAAACCUGGUAAUUUUCCAUUUAGAAGAGUGGGUGCGGACCCAGAGAGACAAAGAAUUCCUGCCUUGUGCCAAAGCUAUAAAGGAGGGUGGAGGAUAAGAGGGGUGCCAGUCAUGUGAAAUCCCCUGCUUUUCACAUAAAUGCCUGCUGGAACUAACAAGGUCUGUAUCAGGGGAAAGGCUUGGGUGCAGACUAGGAAGGAGUCUAGUCUGUGAAAGAAGCUUAUUGGAACAUCUCUGAGGGUGAGAUUUACCUGUAUUCAGUCUCUUAAUCUAUGAGGCUUAGAUUUGCGUGUUGUGUUUUUGUUUUAUUUUGCUUGGUAAUUUAUUUUGUUCUGUCUGUUAUUACUUGAAACCACUUAAAUCCUACUUUUUAUACUUAAUACAAUCAAAAUCACUUUUGUUUAUUGAUGAACCCAGAGUAAGUGAUUAAUAACUGGGGGAAACAAACAGCUGUGCAUAUCUCUCUAUCAGUGUUAUAGAGGGUGGACAAUUUAUGAGUUUACCCUGUAUAAGCUUUAUACAGAGUAAAACGGCUUUAUUUGGGUUUUGGAUCCCACUCGGUGCUGGAGAUAGGUGACCUGCUGAGCAACAUUUGGUUAAAGUCUGCAGCUUUGGGGGCAUGGACCAGACCUGGGUCUCUGUUGCAGCAGGCUAGCAUGUCUGGCUCAACAAGGCAGGGUUCUGGAGUCCCAAGUUGGAAGGGAAAACGGGCUUAGAGGUAAUUCCAGCACAUCAGGUGACAGUCCCAAGGCAGUCUCUGUGACUGAACCCAUUAACUAAAUUUUUUUGAUCUUUAAAAAAAAAAUUCUCUGGUUCAAUUUGAUUUUUCUAGGUGGUUCAGGCUGCCCCCAAUCUGUUGGAUACUUGAAAUGCGUCUCAAGGUUCUGCUGCUUCCAAUCCUGUGGUGUUCUCCGCCUUACAAAAUACACUUGAAAAUGAAAUAAUCUUGUGUGUCAACAGUUUCUUUUCAAUCUCAGCUGGCCCAGAGUGAUAUCAAAUCUUUAGGUUUUCAUCUAAUUUAUAAUGAAGAAAGCUCAAGGUUAUCAGAUCUAUUUUCAAUUAAUAUUCUCUCCUGAAAGACAUAGAACUACUGUUAAAAGACCUUAGCUUCCUGGGGAGAAAUGGCUGGAGAAGUAUGACAAUGGAAAGCAACUCCAUCUGCUAUUUGUAGAGCUCUAAUACUUCACAAAUAUUUGGACCCUCAAAAGAAAAGACGUUGCCUCUCUGCACCAAAGAUUGCUUAACAAAUGUCAGGAAAAAAGACCAAAUGAGGAUGUAAUGAGUCUCACCUGGUAACCGUACGUGUCAGAAUAAAAUGACUGGAGAGCCCUCUUCUGCACCAAAUUCUGCUUUCACUUACACUAUUAAUCUGUCUUGGGUUUUUAAAUAGCACCUAUCACUAUGGUAUCUGUGCAAUUGAGUUUGCAGGUUGUAACAGAGAGUGGAAUUUUUUUCCUCAAAGUCACUUGUAGAAGGGAAUUGAAGUGGCUUGAACAGAAAUGUUGGAAAAUUUUCUCUCUCACAACAAGGUCUAUUCAAUGUAUUUCCCUGUAGUGGGUGUUCUAAUGGAAAAUGUGAAGAUCAGUUAAGGAAGAGGCAAAAACAAGACUUGCCCAAUUCUGCUCCCAUUUAAGACAAUACGAGUUUUGUUGGUGACCUCAGUAGGUAGGUAGACACACCCCCACCCACCCAACAACAACAACUGAGUUUCUUGAUUCUGUCAAGGCUGCUUCCCCACUCUGAACUUUAGGGUACAAAUGUGGGGGCCUGCAUGAAAACUUCUAAGCUUAACUACCAGCUGAGAUCUGGUCCGCUGUCACCAUUCCCAAGUGGAUUCCCUUCCCUGGGAAGCCUUGAGAAACUCUUUACCAAUUCCCUGGUGAAUACAGAUCCAAACCCCUUGGAUCUUAAAGCAGGGAGAAAUGAACCAUCCCCCCUCCUUCCUUCCACCAACUCCUGGUGAAUACAGAUCCAACCCCCUUGGAUCUUAAAACAAGGGAAAAAUCAAUCAGGUUCUUAAAAAGAAGACUUUUAAUUAAAGAAAAAAGAUAAAAAUCAUGUUUGUAAAAUCAGUAUGGAAAAUAACUUUACAGGGUAAUCAAACUUAAAGAGCUCAGAGGACCUCCCUCUAGCCUCAGAUUCAAAGUAUAGCAAACAAAGAUAAACACUCUCGUAAAAGGUACAUUUACAAGUUGAGAAAACAAAGUAAAACUAACACGCCUUGCCUGGCUGUUUACUUACAAGUUUGAAAUAUGAGAGACUUGUUUAGAAAGAUGUGGAGAAUCUGGAUUGAUGUCUGGUCCCUCUCAGUCCCAAGAGCGAACGAACUCCCAAACAAAGAGCACAAACAAAAGCCUUCCCUCCUCCCCAAGAUUUGAAAGUAUCUUGUCCCCUUAUUGGUCCUUUGGGUCAGAUGCCAGCCAGGUUACCUGAGCUUCUUAACCCUUUACAGGGAAAAGGAUUUUGGAGUCUCUGGCCAGGAGGGAUUUUAUAGUACUGUACACAGGACAGCUGUUACCCUUCCCUUUAUAGUUAUGACAGAUACACUCAAGGUGUGUCUUUGCCUGUGAUUGUACAACCUGGAAUCCACUGUCAUACCAAUAAAAUGGUUUAUUGGGAGAGUGGGCAAAAGCAAGUGAUUAAAGUACAAUAAACAUGAGAGACAGCAGCAUCUAGUAAUCUGAGCACAGGCCUGGGAGCCAAAAACUUCUGCAUUCACCUGAACAGCUGUAGCCUAUUGUAACUUCCUCCUGGCCCAAAAAACCUCCCUAAUUCGGAUUUGUAUAUAUCUUUGAAUCCUAGUCAAUAAUUAAGUGUCUUGCAAAACAUUGUGUCAAGUAUCAGGGGGUAGCCGUGUUAGUCUGUAUCUACAAAAACAACAAGGAGUCAGUCAGCCAUUCCCAGUCCCUAUUUAAGCCCAGAUUAAUGGUGUUAAAUUUGCAAAUGAAUUUUAGUUCUGCUGUUUCUCUUUGAAGUCUGUUUCUGAAGUUUUUUUUGUUCAAUGAUAAUGACUUUUAAAUCUGUAAUAGAAUGACCAGGGAGAUUGAAGUGUUCGCUUACUGGCUUUUGUAUGUUACCAUUCCUGAUGUCCAAUUUGUGUCCAUUUAUUCUUUUGCGGAGGGACUGUCCGGUUUGGCCAAUGUACAUGGCAGAGUGGCCUUGCUGGCACAUGAUGGCAUAUAUCUGGGCUUGAAUAGGGACUGGGAGUGGCUGGCUCAUUACAGAACAGCUUUUCCUCUCCUGGAAUUGACACCUCCUCAUCUAUUACUGGGAGUGGACUACAUCCACCCUGAUUGAAUUGGCCCUGUCAACACUGGUUCUCCACUUGCAAAGUAAGUCCCUUCUCUCCAUGUGUCAGUAUAUAAUGCCUGCAUCUGUAACUUUCACUAUGCAUCUGAAGAAGAUGGGUUUUUACCCACGAAAGCUUAUGCCCAAAUAAAUCUGUUAGUCUUUAAGGUG